UUGAUGGGACUCCUACUGAAGCAUAACAACAGCAAGAAAGGUCAACAGGAUCGUCACGGCAUCUAUUUCGAAGCCCGUGAACACGUCGGAUUCUUCAUACGGUUUCCAGAUACUUCGAACACGUGCUAUCAAUUACAUUGUGAUGCUGCAGCAGAAAUCCUUGUUCACUUACCUGUCUAUCGUGAAAUGCUCAAAUUUAUUCGCAAUGAAAAGGUCUCUGGAAAGUUUAAUCAUCUAGAAUAUAAUGUUUAUCAGGCCCUCCAUGAUAUCCCCACUCUUACCGAGCUUGCUGGACAGUGCAUCACUUUUCCUUACCUCCGAGUUAUCCGAUGUGCCAAUAUGAACCACCUUGACACUGGACCGAUUCACAGAUCCUUAUUGGCACACCUGGAGAAAGUUCGAUCAAAUCCUAAACUUCUCUGUGGCCCCAAUGCAUCAUAUACCACAGGAUCACUUGAUGGGCAGCCUUGGGAACAUCCUGAGGCUGUAUAUUCUGUUUUGGCCCUAUCUUUGCAGCUUCCUGAUCAGCAUGGUAUUGUUAUUUACCUAUUCGAGGGUGCUGUCAUAUGCAUGCAAUUCACCCAUACGCUUCCCGGCCCGGCCCGGAGCGGCCAGACUUCGGAAUAA